CCCAACUAUGGUAUAUGCAGGUCCAGCGAGACGAGGGCACACCUCCGUGGCGCCGCUUCUCCGAGCUGCUCAAUCUCCGCUUCGGGCCACCGCUGCGCGCUAACCCGCUGGGCGAACUAAUGGCGUGCAAACGCACGACGUCCGUCGUCGACUUCCAGGAGCGGUUUGAGGCACUCCUUCCCCGGGCAGGCACCUUAUCCGAGACACAGAAAGUGCAGAUCUUCACCGCGGGACUCCAGCCACCCCUCAGCCUCGACGUGGAGAUCCAUAACCCACAGUCCCUCGCCGUCGCCAUGAGCCUCGCCCGCAAAUUGGAGCUGCGCGACCAGUGCGCGCUUUCCGCCGCGCCACCGGUGCGUUUUCCACAGAAGGGCAUCCUGCCGACACCAGGACCACGCCUCGCGCCCCCCGCUCCGGCCCCACCAGCCGCACCUCAGCAGGGCCACAAUCUGCCGGACGGACGCCCAAUCAAGCGUCUCUCCCAGACAGAGAUGGAGGAACGCCGUCGCCUGGGCCUUUGCUUCAACUGUAACGAGAAGUUUGGCAGGGGCCACAACCGCGUGUGCCAGCGCAUCUUUCUCCUCGACUUAGCGCCGGACGACGACGACGACGCGGCCUCCGCCACUGAUGAUGCAUCGCGGGCCGACCCUCAAAUCUCGCUCCACGCAAUCGCCGGCGUGCGCACGAGUGAAACCAUGCAGAUGCAGAUUACUCUCGGAGGUGUCUCCCUCCUCGCCCUGAUCGAUUCAGGCUCCACCCACAACUUCAUCGCCGAAGAGGCGGCCGCUCGUGCUACGUUACCGCCCCCCACCACAGAGAAGAUGCGCGUCACGGUGGCCAACGGCGAGCGCGUUCCGUGCCAGGGCGCGUACCGCGUCGUGCCCUUCCGCAUCGGCCACGAGGAGUUCGCGGAGGAUUUCCUCGCCUUGCCGCUCGCGGGCUACGACAUCGUCCUGGGCACGCAGUGGCUGGCGUCGCUCGGACCGAUCCUGUGGGAUUUCCGAGCCCUCUCCAUGACAUUCUGGCGGCGGGGCCAUCGGGUGUGCUGGCACGGCAUUGCAGGACCGGACGGGCCAGCCCUAAAAUCAUGCAGCGGCCGCGACUUCCUGGACGCCAUCAUCACCGAGUUCGACGACAUCUUCGCCGACCCCUCCGGCAUGCCACCGCCCCGCAGCCGCGAUCACGGCAUCACCCUGCUACCUGGUUCCGCCCCGGUGGCCGUCCGUCCGUAUCGAUACCCGGCCGCGCACAAGGACGAGCUGGAGCGUCAGUGCGCCGCCAUGCUCGCCCAAGGUAUCAUCCGUGCGAGUUGUUCCGCAUUCUCGUCCCCGGUACUGCUGGUCCGCAAGGCCGACGGGUCCUGGCGCUUCUGCAUCGAUUAUCGCGCCCUGAACGCCAUUACUGUCAAGAAUGCGUUCCCGAUUCCGGUGGUGGACGAACUCCUCGACGAGCUACGGCACGCUCGUUUCUUCACCAAGCUCGAUUUACGUUCCGGCUACCACCAGGUGCGGAUGCGUGAGGAGGACAUCCCGAAGACAGCUUUCCGUACUCAUGACGGCCUCUACGAGUUUCUGGUGAUGCCGUUCGGACUCUGCAACGCGCCGGCCACGUUCCAGGCCCUCAUGAAUGAUCUGCUGCGGCCAUACCUGCGCCGUUUUGUUCUCGUCUUCUUUGACGACAUCCUCAUUUUCAGCGAGACAUGGGCUGACCAUCUCCGACAUGUGCGCACCGUCUUCACGGUCCUGCACCAGCACCGGCUCUUCGUCAAGCGCUCCAAAUGCGCAUUCGCCGUUGAAUCAAUCGCAUACCUGGGUCACACCAUCUCCGCUGCAGGCGUGGCCAUGGAUCCGGAAAAGGUGCAGGCAGUAGCGGACUGGCCGCAACCACGCUCGGCGCGCGCGGUUCGGGGCUUUCUCGGCCUUGCGGGGUACUACCGCAAGUUUGUCAAGGACUUUGGCGUGGUUGCCGCGCCCCUGACGGCCCUCCUUCGCAAGGAUGGUUUCUCUUGGUCACCGGAGGCGGCAGCAGCUUUUACCACCCUCAAGACGGCAAUCACCACGGCUCCCGUCCUCGCGUUACCGGAUUUUACACGGCCGUUCAUCAUCGAGUGUGACGCAUCGACGUACGGUUUCGGGGCCGUCCUUCUUCAGGACCACCACCCGGUGGCUUUCUUUAGCCGGCCAGCCGCGCCACGUCACCGUUCCCUGGCAGCGUAUGAACGGGAACUCAUCGGCCUGGUGCUCGCGAUUCGCCAUUGGAGGCCGUACCUAUGGGGGCGUCAAUUUGUGGUAAAAACGGAUCAUUACAGCCUCAAAUUUCUGCUUGACCAGCGUUUGGCCACCAUCCCGUAGCAUCAUUGGGUUGGCAAACUCCUGGGAUUCGACUUUACGGUGGAGUACAAGGCAGGUAGUACCAACACGGUGGCGGAUGCACUUUCCCGCCGUGACACGGAGGAGACGACGA